AUGACUAUUGUUACGAUAUUGUCCAUUUUGUUGAUUUUAAAUUUAUUUGAAGUAACUUCGGUGGGGGGUAGUUACACGGAGAAAAUCCAAAAUGAGGAGCCAUGUCGGUACAUGAUCGUGUUCACAAAGCCCCUGUGUUAUAGGUGCUACGUAUUUAAGCCGCGGAACGGAAGCCGCAUCAGGUGCUGCCAAUCCUACCUGCAAAAACGGAAGGAGGGAGAACUGGAAAAGCUAUAUUCCCUACAAGAUAUUAUGAGGAACACCAUGAACGACGUAGACAUAGAUAACAUUAAAAAUUUAUUUCCAGUGUUCAACGAAAAAUUGUUAAAAAUAAAUAAUAGUUAUAAAUCAGGAGGUCCCAACAAGGGUAACAAAAUUUUUACCGACAUUGAUGACUUAGAAAUUGAGUUUAACAAUAAGCACUUUAACUUGAAGGACAUAAAGGUUAACAUUUUAGGUGGAAGCAGCAGUAACAAAGAAAAAGAAAAAAAAAAAGAUGAGAAUUAUUACAAUAUCAUAAAAGAGGAAAGUAAUUUUAUGAAGAAAAAGGAUGAGCUAUUACAGAACAGUCCCUUUUACAGUGAGAAAUGCUUCAAAUCUUUACAUGGGAAUAAUUGUGGAAGUAGAAAAAACAGAAAACAUAGAGAAGAAAAUGCUGAUGUGGAUGAAGAAUUGGAUUACGAUUUGGCUGAGUCCAUUGGUGAAGCGGAAUACUAUGCAAGAAUGAAUCAGCUGAAUGACCAACACCAGGGGGGCCAUGGAGGAGAUUCCACUACAGGGGGUAAUAAACAUGCUCAGAGAAAGAGUGACCAUGAUUAUUAUCAUAGUAAGUACGGACCAAAUGACUCCAGUGAGAAUAACAACUCUGCAAGCUCCUCUCUUUUUUACUUGUCCAAAAAAUUUUACCUAUUGAAUAGGUUGUCUCAGAACCCCAGAAAAAUUGUACAGAAAUAUAUCGAGUUUAAAGAACACCUAUCGGGAUCGGAGGAAAAAUUGGAUGACUUCCUCGACAAUGAGUACUACAGUACGACGAAAACGAUAAACGCCGUUUUGGCCGACGAUAUUCAGAAGACCGUUCAGUAUGAUGAGAAGGGGGACCAGAGCAACAAAAACAGCAACAAGGGAUUCUUCUCCUCCCUGUUCCGCGAUUUCAUUUCGCUCUUUUACUUCCCGCGGAAGAAUGUCGAGUUGUAA